AGUCUUCUCAUCUUUAACCUUCAGUAAUUUCAGUUACCAAGCUAAGCUGUUCACUCUGAAAUCAUGGCCAAGGACAUGACUCUGUGGUGGGGCUCCGGCUCUCUCCCUUGCUGGCGGGUAAUGAUCGCUCUGGAGGAGAAGAAACUGCAGGGAUACAACCAAAAACUGCUCUCCUUCGAGAAAGGAGAGCACAAGUCAAAGGAAGUCAUGGAUGUAAACCCCAGGGGACAGCUUCCUGCCUUCAAAUGUGGGGACAAAAUCAUCAAUGAGUCCUAUGGUGCAUGCUUCUUCCUGGAGUGUGAGUACAAGUCCCAGGGAACCAAACUGAUCCCCGAGAACUCCAGCGAGAAAGCCCUGGUGCUCCAGCGUACCUUUGAGGGUAACACACUUCACCAGAAAAUGGUGGAUGUUUUUAGGUACAACCAGAGGGUCCCAGAGAAUGAGAGGCACGAAUCUGCCUUUAAGAGACUCAAGGAGACGCUAACUGGUGAGGUGCAGAUGUGGGAGGGAUACCUGCAGAAGACACCAGGCGGUUUCCUGGCGGGAAAGAACUUUUCAAUGGCUGAUGUGAUUGUUUAUCCAAGCGUUGCUCGUCUCUUCUAUAUGGGGCUAAGUGACAAACGUUACCCCAAACUGUCAGAAUACCAUAAAAACCUGAAGGACAGACCCAGCAUCAAAGCCACCUGGCCUCCACUUUACAAGGACACCCCUGGACAGGACAUUUUUAAAGACACCUGAGAUUGAGAAGCUCAUCAGCUGACAAGCUAAUCUUUUCUUUCUUUCUUUCUUUCUUUCUUUCUUUCUUUCUUUCUUUCUUUCUUUCUUUCUUUCUUUCUUUUUUUUUUUUAAAUUUGUUACCAUUGCUUGUAUUUCAGUACAAUACAAAAUGCAAUCAUGGGUGACUGAAUAUGUGAUUGUCAUAUUGUUAUGAACAAAACAAAUUAAAAAGUCAUUUUUUAUUGUAUCAGCUUCAUUAGCUGAAGUAAAUGUUUUUCAUAUUCAUAUCAGGAACAUGUGUCAUUUGUGUUGGGACCUUUGGUCGCAAAUUUUGAAGCCAUCACGAUAACCUUAUCUCACCAAUGAUGUGGAGAUCCACCUUAUUUAGAUCCAAUUAAAAUAAAG